GGCCCGAGAGCGGCGGCGGGACCCGGAGCCCGACCCGACCCCCCAACCCCGACCCACCGGCACCCGGAGCCGACCCUGACCCCGACCCACCGGCACCGGCACCCGGAGCCCGACCCGACCCACCGGCACCCGGAGCCCGACACCGGCACCGACCCACCGACACCAGGAGCCCGACCCGCCCCCCCCGACACCCGGAGCCGGCACCAACCGACCGACACCGGGAUCCGGCUCCAGCUCCGGCACCGACCGACCGCGGGACCCGGCCGGGCACCGGCAGCACCGACCCGGGCUCGCUGCCGACACCAUGUCGUUCCCCAGAGCGCCGCUGAAACGCUUCAACGAGAGCGCGGGUUGUGCCCCUGCACCAGGCCAUUAUGAUGUUAAACAGGUGGAGAGUUCCAAGGGUCCUGUAUCCUUUGAAAAAGCAAACCGUUUUAAAAAGCAAAAAGAUACAGGAAGCCAAAUGACUGUUGAAGUUGAGAAAGGACUGGUAUCGCCAGCAAGCUCAAGGAAGAAUCUCAACUGUACUGCAGCCGUUGGUCAAAAGGAUGCAACCUUGACUCUAGAACUUAAGAAGCAGAAAAUGUUGGAACAAGAGAUCCGGUGCCUAUUGCAACAGCGAGGGGAACAGGAUAAAAGGCUUCAGUCGCUGGAAGAAGAGCUGAAAAAAGUUGAAAGCAAAUUGGCUGCAGCUGUGAGGGAGAAAACAUCACUGACAUCAAAUGUUGCAUCCUUAGAAAGACAACUUUCAGAGCUCCAUAAGGCCAAUGAGUUACUCAAAGCUAAGUUCUCUGAUGACGGUACCAAGAAGAAGAUUAACGCCCUGUGCUUGGAACUGAUCGAAGUGAAGAAUAAAACCGAUGCCAAGGACAAGGAGGAAGAAGUACUGAAGGAGAUCAGCUACCUUCAGAUUAGUUUGGAAAGUCAAGUGAAACUCUUGCAAGCUGAUCUGGAAGCCUCCAAAGCCACAGUGGCUGCAUUGCAAGAAAGAAACCAAUCAUUGGAAGAGAUGCACCAGGCAACAAAAUUCCAUAAUGACGAUCUGGAAAAGGAAAUGGACAAAUUCCAUGCUCUAACUGAGGAAUUGCGUGAAGAGAAUAAAGUCCUACAAGAUUAUUUGGAGAAAGCCAAUGAACAAAUUCAGGAUCUUCAAACAGAAUUGAGCUCCAAAGUGAGUGAAUAUGAGUGCAAGUUACAACUGGUGUCCACUGACAUGGAAGAAAAAUGCUCGGCCUCAGUAGUCAAGCAACAACAGGCUGAGAAUGAUCUUCUGGCAGUGCAGGAUCUUCUGAAACGAUCAACAGAAGACGUUGCUGAUCUUCAGAAAAAGCUGGCUUUAAUUGAGCAGGACAAACUGAAGUUGGAGGAAGCCAAAGUUGAAGCUGAAAUGAAGCUCUCCUGCUAUUUGGAAGAACUCAGUCAAAUGAAGAUACAGCUUGAAAGAGCCAAAGAAGAAAUCAGUCUGUCAGCAGAGCAGCUUGUUCAGAAGGAAAAGGAAACCAUAAGUCUCCAAAACUGUCUGAAAGAGAGGGAAGAAAUUCACUGUGAGCAGAUACAUCAAGUGAAUAAGAAAUAUCAGCAUCUUGAACAGGAGAAAGAAAAAGUAGAGGCAGAAUGCCAUGGGCUAGAGCAAAAUUUAACCAGAGAGCUGGCUCUACUGAAGGAAAAGCUGGUUACAACAGAACAAGAUCUGCAGCAGAAACAAGAUCAACUUUCCUCCAUUAAACAAGAAAAGGAACUUUCAGAUUCCACACACCAGCAACUUCAUGCCCUCCAUGAGGAACUGAGCAAGGAGAAGCUGGAGUUGGAGGAAGAGCUGGAAGGUGCACUGGAUGAGCUGGAACAGUUGCAGCUGAAGGAGAUGGAAGUACAGGAGUUGGCUAGACAGCUGGAGGAGGAGAAUGAGAUGAAAACAAGACAGCUUGAUAAACUGCAGGAGGAAUUGGAUGGGAAAAAUGCAGAACUAGGGAAGAUGAAUGAGAUUCACAGUAAAACGGUCCAUGAGCUUCGUGAGGAACAGAGCAAAUCACUGAGAAAGUUGGGAGAUGUUGAAGCACAAUUUGAAAGCUACAGAUUCUCUGCAACUGUGGAGAUGAAAUCUCUACAGGAGAGCAAUGCCACAUUGGCCAAGGAGCUUGCAGAGUUGCAAAAUCAAACCAAGCAACAACAAAAGCAGCUGGCAGAGAAUCAGAUUUCUAAAGACAAGGCAAAAGAAGAAUAUGCAAGGAUGUUGCUAGAAGCACAGAUGAAGUUGGCUCAGAAGGAACCGGAACUUAGAAAAUUGGAAGAAACUUGUAACCUGAAAGUAAACGAACUACAAAAGAAGUUGGAACAGGCUCUGGCCCGCCAAGUAGAGAAACAAAGGGAUGAUGCUGUGGAGGAACGUGUGCUUACAGAACUAAAAGCUGAAGUACAGAAGUGGCAAGUUCUUUAUGAAGAAUUACACAACAAGGUCAAACCUUUCCAGGACCAACUGGACUUGUUUGAAAAGGAGAAGAAUUCCCUGCUCAGUGAGCAUGGGGCCACGCAGGAGGAGCUGAAUAAACUGAGUGCAGAUUAUGCCAAGCUGCUGGGUCACCAAAACCAGAAACAGAAGAUAAAACACGUCAUGAAGCUGAAACAAGAGAACGUGCAGCUGAAACAGGAGGUGACAAAAUUGCGAAGCCAGCUGUCCAAAGAGAAGGCUGAGCAGAAAAGCCAAGAGCAGCGUUGCCAAGGCACCAAGCGCUUUGAUCCAGCAAAAGCUUUCAGACACACGGCAAAGGAAAACCUUGCUCCAACCACACCACUGAAAGAAGGGAACAUAAAUGUAUCUUGAACACUGCAUCUCUGAGCACACGAGGACUGGUUCCAAGGCUGAGAACUUUGUGGAUUGAGCUGCUGGUGAUGUGUUGAAGGAAGCCACAAACAGAUUGUUGUACACCAGAGAAAGCUCGGCUCCAGAUAUUUAUUAUUUUUCCAUAUGAGUUAAGCCUUGACUUUUAAAUACAUAUUUAGCUUUGGAUUAUAUUAAUUAGGAAUUUCCUUUAUUAUUGCAAUCAUACUUGUGAGUGGUUUGCAAAAGACCGAAAGUGAUGGAUUGCGAAUAUUUCUGCAGGGUUGUCUGGUCAGUUGCCAGUUGAUGUCUGUGAAGAAUAAUGGUUCUGCUUUUGCAAAAUAUUUCUAAAGAAUUUAACUUGCAAGGUGCAGUUGACAAAGAUGGUAACCGAUUUAAAAAUUCUAAGUUAUUUCUAGAGUCUGUCCCUCAACAGUCCAUUGUUUUGCUUAAAGGUACUUGUCGAAAGGAUGCAUCUAAGUUACUAAAUAAUAAACUGGUUCCGGGUUUGAAUACUAAAUUGUAAACCUAACCAUUUAUCAGUUCUGAGAUCAUGUGUGAUAAAUGCAUGGUUUCUUUCAUCACAACGAUCAAGCGAGGAUUAUUGAUGCAUAGACUGAGACAUCCAGUGUGUGCAGACUUCACCUACUGAAGCCCAAUCUGUAGUCAACAGUCAGCAAGAUAUUGGUCCUUUUUACAAUCCUAUAUUGGGACAAAUGGUGAGGCUUGGUGUGGGUACUUGUGUCAAGCAAUUCUUGUAUAGCAUUCUCAAUUAUGUUCAAAAGUGGAAUUUUUCAUAAAUCAUUCAGUGUUUUUUCAGUGGAUAAUCCUUGUUUCAAUUCAGCCAGCUUCAUGAUGAUAACUUGGAGCUGACCCCUAGCCUAAUGUAAGAUGAAGACAGAAUCCAUUUCACUACAACAUGAAGUAUGCAGUACAUACAAAUGCUUCUUAGCUAGUGUAUUGCUUAGAGCAUGAGGUUUGAUUACCUAAAAUUGUUUUACCUUUUUGGUGAUUUACUGUGAACAUGUAACAUUGUAAACUAUAUCCCAGUAGUCAGAAUGGUACAAAGUAUUGGUGAGGGGUUAGGGCCUAGUUUUAUCCCAAUUAAGGUGGACAUGUUCUGUACAGAGAUGUAUAAACUUAUUUACAAGAAUGACUAUUCAAAGUCUUAUAAUGCUAAUAAACUAGCAGAAUUAACCAGAAAAGUUGGUGAUGCCUGAAAUCACAGUUUAAAACAUCAAUAAAGAUCAUAUUAUGAGUUUUAAGGGU